AUGGGUGCAGUGCGGCACGAUCAGGGCCACAAGAUUCACACGAACGUCAGCUCGACGUAUAAGCCAGUGGGGCGGUCUGCACGACGCUUCACCUCACUGAAAUUGCCAAAGAAACUGCAGGCAUCGUUGCUGUACGUGUCGAAGCCGGCGCUGAUGAAGGUGCAGUACCGGGCGACGUAUAUGCAGAAGCGGGCUGUGGUGAUGGAGCCUGAGGAGAAGAAGGCGAUGGCGUUGUUGCAACAGGCUAUACAUACGCUCUUCCGGCUGCAGUGCAGUAGCUUUCUCAUGGCGACACGUGAAGAAGUUCCCAUGAGUUCGGGUGACAGCCAUACCAUGCACGAAAUACACCACGCCGAUUCUCCCUACACCACCAACGAUCCAGCUUCCCAGUUGUCCCAGUCCUCUCAAUGGUCCCAGACCACCCAGAGUCGUGCGCUCAGGAAGGAAGGAUCGGGAGGCGGCGCUUGGAACGUCCCCGUAGCGCACAUCACAAUGACUGAGACAAGCGGUCAGACCUACGGCUUCGCUCUGAAGACGUCAGACGAUCGUUAUAUCCGGUUAGCCGAUGAAGCAAAUAGAUGGAUUUUGGGACCUAUGCCUCCGAUGGCCUUCAUAGACGAGUUCCUAAGCCUCGAUGAAGUGGGAGUCAAAGGAUAUAUGCCCUCUCCAGCAGGUGCCUUCGAUGCUGUGCCUACAGAGGGGGCUAAAGAGGAAGAUUUCUACGAGCCAUUGGCGAGAGCGAUCAACGCGGCCGGGCGAUGUCCUGGUUUCACUUUCUGCGACACCCAUUUGCACGAGGAUACCAGCGAUCCCUCCGAAGGCAAGGCAGGACAUGUCAAGCCAGACGUUUGCGGUUAUGCGAACGAGCACCUCGAUAGAAUAGAGACUCCUGCUCUGAAGCAGGCCAGGACCCGCGGAACUGGCGACGCGGAAGGAGGGCCGAACGGAGCUUCCAUUACUGAGGAUCAAGGCGAUUCUCCAGCCUCCGGGAUGCGCAGGAGUGCACGCGGCGGCGCUCGAAGCGGGUCAAGCAAGCGUGGGCGCGUUGUCCACACAGGACCCCAUGAGCGCGGAAGCGCAGGUGGAGACGGUCGACUUCCCGAAUGGGAAAGUCAUGGUGUACGCCCGCCCGUUCCUGCCAGUGCCCCCGCGAAUCAGCCUGUCACUGUCCCUGUGAAGCGCACCGACAUGGGAUACGCUGCCCUGGUCGUUGAGGUCAAGGCGACUUCUCAUGAAGACGUCUUCUGUGACCCGAGCUCUCCUGACUCCGAUCGCAACAAAUGGAGUUUCAUCACCCAGUCCAACUCCAAGGAAGCCCGAAGGCGCUUAGAACAAGUGACUGAGUUCAGGAGUGCCGUAGAAAAGCACAUUGCUCAGCAGGGCGUCAUUUCUCGCAAUUUCUACGCUCGGGAUGCCCUGAAGGAGCAUUUCGACGAGCAGUCUGUCACUGCCAUCCAUCUGCCGGACUCCCCGUAUUUCGAACAAGAUGGCCACUACUUGCUUGUGUCUCGACCCAUGUCCGUCCCAUUGUCUGUCACGGGUCGUGGUACCCGUACCUACUGGGCAGUCGAUUCACGCACAAAGCAAGUACAGCUGUUGAAGGAUACAUGGCGGUACGACGUUGGGCAAUACAGACAAGAGACUGAAGGCCAGAUACUUCGUGCAUUGAGUGCAAUUACCAAACACGUACCCCCUGUGAUGCACGAAGAGGACGUCCUCAAGUCCGUUGUCGUCGCAGAUGACCUGCAAGACGGUCAGCUACUUGAGAUCCAAUACACGUCAGCGCUGAAGAGUGCGUAUGAUGUCGAGAAACGUCUCCAUCGAGACAUCACUCCUGGGAACAUCAUCCUUUACCGUGACAUUGACUCUGAGUCAGAAUCCGAGAAGCGCCAUGCAAAGAGGUGCCGCAGGGGGUACCUCAUUGACUGGGAGCUUUCCAGGAAAUGUGAGCAUGGGAGCUCGCAUUCAACAAACGUCGAAGACCUGCCAGUCUCGAUGUUUGACUAUUGGUUCUGCUAUGCAGACGGUGGUGCCCCCUCGGGCGGGGUGCACAAAGCCACUAAUCUGCUGGACCAAACCUAUACAGGACGCCUGGAAUGGGCGACUCCUGCCAUACAGCAGUGGAUAUCCAAGGCUCUGGACUACUGUACUUGGAGGGAAGACCAUGUUUCGCCUCUGGAGGCAUUCUAUGAGUGGUAUGGUAAUUUUCUUGAAGCUCAGCAAGGUUCCAAGAUCAGCGAACGGAACGACAAUACGAAGGUCGAGGUUAUCAAGCAUGUCUUCAAGUCUAAGAAGCCCCUAACCGCGUUGAACAAGCCUGUUCAUCAAUCUACGACUCCGGCGGCAAGCAGCUCAGCCAGCCGGAGAAUCAACAAACGCCCAUUGGAGGACGACACGGAGAUACCAUCCACAGGCAACAGCGACGGUCCUCCAGCUCCUAAGCGUGCGCGCAAAGGUGGAGAAACAAUUCUGCGACCGCCUGCGUGGAACUACCACAGCUACCGAAGUACUAGUCAUACAAUGUCGUCCUCGACUUCACUUACUGUGCCCGGCGGAGAUGCGAGUAUCUCAGGAGACGAUAUGGACGACUACUCACCCUAUGGAGUCGCGGGUUCGUCUUCGAGAGACCUUGGCAUUGAGUGGGAUGGUACACUUUAA